AGGAGGAGCGAUUUUGGAACCACGCGCUUCUGCCGCCCGCCCGCACAGAGCGCAGCUUCCCCCGGGUGCGGCAGCAUCGCCCCCCAAAAACCCGCAGGAUUUCCCAAACCUUGGAUGCAUUGAGGAGGAGGAGAACGCCGUGAGGAAGAUGUCGAUGUCCCGGGAGCCGCAGGCAGACAAGGAGCUGAGCACGGCCAGCAGGGAGGACAAAUCCCCGCGGCACAGCCUCGGGCAAGAGGCCGUUUGCAGCGGCUCCACGGCGCAGGAAUGCAACGGGGAGGAAAAGCCCCGCAGAUCCCGCAGCAGGAGGGGUUGCAAACGCACAGCCCGGGGAUCCCAGCAGGAAAGAGCCAGCCCGGGCCGGGGAGGCGGCCGGAGCUCGGAGCUGGGGCUGCGUGAGCAGCUUCACCGUGGGGAGAUGCCCCACAAGUGCUCGCAAUGUGGGAAGAGCUACAGGUGGAGAUCAGACCUGACCAAACACCAGAGAGUCCACACGGGGGAACGGCCCUACGAGUGUGGGGAGUGUGGGAAGAGAUUCAGCCAGAGCUCACAGCUGACAGUGCACCAAAGGAGCCACACUGGAGAGAGACCCUACGAGUGUGAUAAAUGCAGGAAGCGGUUUCAGACCAGAUCCAAUCUCGUGCUGCACUAUCGCAUUCACAAGGAUGAGAGGCCUUAUGAGUGUCCUGACUGUGGGAAGGGCUUCAAGCUCAACUCACACCUUGCCGGGCACCGGCGGACCCACACUGGGGAGAGACCCUACGAGUGUGAUAAAUGCAGGAAGAGGUUUCAGACCAGCUCAAGUCUGCUCCUGCACUAUCGCAUUCACAAGGAUGAGAGGCCUUAUGAGUGUCCUGACUGCGGCAAAGGCUUCAAGCAAAACUCCACCCUCAUCAAGCACCGGCGCAUCCACACUGGGGAGAGACCCUAUGAAUGUGAUAAAUGCAGGAAGAGGUUUCCGAACAGCUUUUGUCUCCUCGAACACUAUCGCACUCACACAGAUGAGAGGCCUUAUGAGUGUCCUGACUGCGGCAAAGGCUUCAAGCAAAACUCCACCCUCAUCCAGCACCGGCGCAUCCACACUGGGGAGAGACCCCACAAAUGUCCCGAGUGUGGGAAGAGCUUCUCACAGAGCUGUCACUUGACCAAACACCAACGGAGCCACACGGGGGAACAACCCUUCGAGUGUGAGGAGUGUGGGAAGAGAUUCAGGUGGAUAUCCACCCUGAUGCACCACCGGCGAAUGCACAACGACGAACGGCCCUACGAGUGUGGAGAGUGUGGGAAGAGAUUCAGAGAUAGUUCACAACUGAAGGUGCACCUGAGGAUUCACACUGGAGAGAGACCCUACGAGUGUGGGGAGUGUGGGCAGAGAUUCAGGCAGAGCUCAGGCCUGGCUGAUCACCAGAGGAUCCACACUGGGAAGAGGCCGUACGAGUGUGAUAAAUGCAAGAAGAGGUUUGCCAAAAGGAGCACUCUCAAGAGUCACUAUCGCACUCACACAGGUGAGAGGCCUUAUGAGUGUCCUGACUGCGGGGAGGGCUUCAGGCAGAACUCUGCCCUCAUCUCCCACCGGCGCAGCCACACCGGGGAGAGACCCUACGAGUGUGAUAAAUGCAGGAAGAGGUUUUACACCAGCUCUGAUCUCGUCCUGCACUAUCGCACUCACACGGAUGAGAGGCCUUACGAGUGUCCUGACUGCGGGAAGUGCUUCAAGCGAACCACACACCUCGACACCCACCGGCUCACCCACAGCGGAGAAAAAGCCUUCGAGUGUGAGAAAUGCAUGAAGAGAUUCCGGACCAGCUCCGCUCUCCUCGUGCACUGUCGCUCUCACACCGAGUUCCGGCCCUUUCGCUGCUCCGACUGCGGGAAGGGAUUCAAGGACAACGCCACCCUCGCCGGCCACCGGCGCGUCCACACCGGCGUGAGGCCGUUCAAGUGUCCUGAGUGUGGGAGGAGCUUUGCUUACCGCAGCGGCUUGAGGAGACACCAGCAGAGUCACCACUGAGGGAAGCCCUGCCCGUGCCCCGAGUGCGGGAAGAGCUUCGUGCUGAUGCCUUAAAUUCCGAGUUUUUUGUCGUGUUUUUCCCUCGUGCUUUGGGGUGAUGAGGACAAAAUAGAUUCCAGCUAUAGAUCCUCGUCAAACUUCAGGCCCUAAGCAUAAGGAAUGUGUGAAGAGGAGGGCGGGCCAGACAGGAGUGAGGAGGAUGAUACAAUUUGAGAUGAUUAAUUGGAUGGUUGUCUCCUGUAUGCAAAUGGAUUGAAGUCUAUAAAAAUGGGAAAUGGUGUGAGCAAUUUGUCUUCCACCUUGGAGCCAUCCAGGCAGGGCAGGGGCCACACUGUGGCACUGGUGCUGCCAGGGUGUGGCCUUUGAAGGACUUUAAAUAAAUACACAUUUUAUUUCUUUCAACUCUGUGAGAUCUUUGGUCUGGAUGGACACCUGGCCAUGGAUCCCACUCUGGAUGGACACCAGGCCAUGGAUCCCAGCUGGACACUGGUCUGGAUGGACACCAGGCCAUGGAUCCCGGCUGGACACUGGUGUGGAUGGACACCAGGCCAUGGAUCAAAGUUGGACACUGAUUCUGGAUGGACACCAGGCCAUGGAUCCCAGCUGGACACUGCUCUGGAUGGACACCUGGCCAUGGAUCAAAGCUGGAUACUGGUGUGGAUGGACACCAGGCCAAGGAUCCCAGCAGGACACUGGUGUGGAUGGACACCAGGCCAUGGAUCCCAGCUGGACACUGCUCUGGAUGGAUAUCAGGCCAUGGAUCCCAGCAGGACACUGCUCUGGAUGGACACCAGGCCAUGGAUCCCACUCUGGAUGGACAUCAGGCCAUGGAUCCCAGCUGGACACUGCUCUGGAUGGACAUCAGGCCAUGGAUCCCAGCUGGACACUGGUGUGGAUGGACGUGGAUGCUCUGCCUGCAGGGACAUGUAAAUCCUUAUUUUUUUAUCUUGAAAUAUCAGGGUACCUGUUUGAAAGCCUUUGAAAGUUCUGAAAGUGUAGUAAAAAUAAAGAUGUUCAACUAA